AUGGGCGGGAGCAAGGGCAAAGUGACCCGGCGCGCAGCGGGAUCCCGGAGGCCGGCGGCGGGGGAGCAGGAGUCCGAGUCGGCCAGCACGGACGGCGCGCCGGUCCUUGACCGCCAACUGGGCCGCGAGGCCCGCAGGGCGAGACCCGCUUUGGAGCCCGUAGCAGCCGCUGGAGGUCGGGAAACCCCUGGUAGCUACAGGAAGCCCUCGGCAGAUGGGAACAGCGGCUACGGAGGGCAAGGGGCCGGGCAGCGGCCGGAGUCCCGGGGGAGGCGAGGUAGCGGGCGGCGUCGGGGACGCGGCCCCAAGAAGAACCACGAGCCCGGGGACGGCCGAGGGGGGCGCGUGGAGGAAAGCCUCCCGAGACAAGGGCGGCCGGGCGAGCACGCUCUUCGCAGGAGGAAAGGAAGAGGGCAGGGAUCCUUGACCCGUCGGGGCCGCUCCAAGUCCCGGAGCCUCGAUGGGGACACUUCGGGCGGGGACAGGGGCAGCUCCUGCCUGGACAGCGAAGCCCGCAAGGCCUCGGAGAGCGGCAGCCAGAGCGGCGGGGCCCCGCUGCUGCGGCCCAAGUCGGAGACACCGGACACGGGCUCGGAGGAGACAGGAACUGGGCUGGAGUCAGUGCCGGAGUCGGGGGAGCGCCGGAGCACCGCCGAGCCGCCAGCCGAACCCCCGAGCCGGGAAGGGUCUUCGGAGGUGGGGCCCCGGGGAGCGAGGGAGGAUUUGGGGACAGCGACAGACCCAAGUCUGGAGCGGCCCAGGCCCGGACGCGGCCGCCGGGCAGCCCCGGGGACAGCGAGCCGGGGCCCUGAGGACGAAGCGGCCGCGCCCGGCGGCAGGACCCCGAACUCCAACAACCUCGUCAGCAGCCGUGCUCGCGCCCCCCGGAGCUCGGGGGCUCCUCGGGACAGCAGGCCGGCCCGGGGCGCGAGUGACCAUGGGGUGCAGCCCGAGGGCGAGUCACCAGGCGCCGAGCCCGGAGAAACCCCCCGAGAGAGGCGCCAGGUGGGGAAGGUGCAGCUGGCGGCUGGCGAGAGCGCGGCGGAGGCUGGACGGGGAGACACGCCCGGGGACCUGACGCCGCUGGCCACCCUCAUGGCGCUCCGCAGGCUCGGCGCGAGGCCCCCGCCAGGCCCUGCUCCCCAGGCCGCCGGCCCUCGCCGCGCAGGACUCAAGGAGCGGCUCCUGAGCGUGGUGCACGCCCUGGGCCUGCUGCGGUGGCUGCGGUGGCGGACCCGGCCGCCAGAGAGCGAGGGACGGGGAAGGGGGCCGCGGACAGGAAAGGGGUGGAGGCGGGCGAGGGGCCGGGGGCGAGCGAGGGGCCCUGGGCGGGGCCGGGGGCGGGCGAGGGGCCCUGGGCGGGGCCGGGGGCGGGCGAGGGGCAGGCGGGGGGCGAGGGGCCGGGCGUGGGGCCGAGGGCGCAAGGGGUGGAGCCGCGAGCCUGGCCUGCGGCGCCGUCUAGCACUGCGUCUGGCUGGCUUCUCGGGUCUGGGGGGGCGGCUGAGGGCUCCCCCUGGCGGCAACCAGAGCUUCCCGCAAGCCUCGAAGAGCCCCGCCCCCGACGACCCCUCGGACGAGGAGAUCCCGGGUGGUGACCCCAAGUUCGCGGUCGUGUUCCCCAGAAUCCACAGGGCAAGGAGGGCGUCGAGCACCCGGAGCUCAAGGGAAGCGGCCGCGGGCGCCCUCAACGCGGAGGGACGCCUUUGGCCUCGUGCAGAGGCUGCGCCGAACAGUGAGGGGCCCAGGGUGAGUGGGCAAGGGGCUGCCGGGCCCCACCGCGGCUCCCUCCUCGCCCCGACUCCCCCCGAUGAAUCCCCGCUCGACGAGAGCGGCUCCAGCAGCGAGGCGGAGCCCGGGGCCUUGGAAGCCGAGGCCCCGAUGCACUGGGCGCAGGGCUCCGACCCCCGCGAGGACCCUGGGCCUGGCCCCGACCCACUGCUGCCUCGGCUCAUCCUGGAAACCCGCUUGGGGCGGGAGAGGCGCCUGGGCCCCUGCGGGUCCCCAACGGAGCGGUGGGAGCCAGAGGAUGAGGCAGAGGAGGCGCUGGAGCAGGACCUGGAGCUGAGCCUGGGGCCCGGCCUGGAUUUGCCUCCUGUCCCGGAUGCUGAGCGCGGGAGCCUGGGGGCAGGCCUGGAGGACACCGAGGACCUGGCCCGGCUGCGGUUGGUGUGUGACAGCUCCGUGCUGCUGUGCCUCAAGAAGAGGUUUCACCUGGAUCGAAUCUAUACCUUUGGAGGGCCCCUCCUACUUGCUCUGAACCCCUGCCGGCCCCUGCCUCUCUUCACGCCUGAGGUCCUGGCCAGCUACCGCUCUGGGAAGGCCUCUAGCAGCACCCCACACAUCUUUGGUAUCGCAGAAGCAGCCCAUAGCCUGUCUCACAGGACUGGGCAGGAAGCCUGCAUCCUUCUCAGCCUGGAUUCCUUAGCCCCUCCCUCCUGCAGUGGGCACAGUGGCUCAGGAAAGACGGAAGCUGCCAGAAAGAUCAUGCAGUUCCUCAGCAGCCCGGAGCAGGCGCAGAUGAGGGAUGGAGGCUGCCAGCUGGAGGACGUGCUGCUUAUGGUCAGCAGCUUUGGCCAUGCCAAGACCAUCCUCAAUCCCAACGCCAGCCGCUUUGGCCAGGUUUCAUGCCUCUACCUGCAGCAUGGAGUCAUCAUAGGUGCUUCCGUGUCACAUUAUCUGCUUGAGACCUCGAGGGUGGUAUUUCAGGCCCAGGCUGAGCGAAGCUUCCAUGUCUUUUACGAGCUGCUGGCAGGGCUGGACCCACAGGAGCGGGAGCAGCUCUCCCUGCAGGGACCCGAGACCUACUACUACCUCAACCAGGGCCGGGCCUGCAGGCUCCCGGGCAAGGAGGACGCCCAGGACUUCCAUGGGCUGGUGAAGGCCCUGCAGGCUCUGGGCUUGUGGCCCGAGGAGCUGGCCACAGUCUGGGCUGUGCUGGCCACCAUCCUGCAGCUGGGUAACAUCUGCUUCUCCUAUUCAGAGCGAGAGUCCCAGGAGGUGGCUGCCGUGUCCAGCUGGGCAGAGAUCCACACUGCAGCCCGGCUGCUGCGGGUGCCACCCGAGCGCCUAGAGGGUGCUGUCACCCAGAGGGUCCUGGAGACACCUUAUGGCCGGGUCUCACGAUCCCUGCCCGUGGAGAGCGCCAUCAAUGCCAGGGACGGCCUGGCCAAGGCCCUGUACUCGCGGCUCUUUGACUGGCUCCUGAGAAGAGCCAACACGAAGCUGGCAUCGCCUAGGGAAGGAGGCAGCGUGGGCACCAUCACUGUUGUGGACGUCUACGGCUUUGAGGCGCUGCAGGUGAACAGCCUGGAGCAGCUGUGCAGCAACCUGGCGAGUGAGCGCCUGCAGCACUUCUCCAGCCAGAUACUGCUGGCCCAGGAGGAGGAGGAGUGUCGGCAGGAGUUGCUGUCCUGGGUGCCCAUCCCCCAGACUCCGCAGGAGUCCUGCCUGGACCUCCUCGCAGACCAGCCCCACAGCCUCCUGAGUAUCCUGGAUGCCCAGACGUGGCUGCCCCAGGCCACGGACCACACCUUCCUCCAGAAGUGCCACUAUCACCAUGGCAACCACCAGUGCUACACCAAGCCCCAGCUGCCCCUGCCCAUCUUCACUGUGCGGCACUAUGCUGGGACCGUCACGUACCAGGUUCACAAGUUCUUAAACAGAAACCAGGAUCAUCUUGACCCUGCCGUGGUGGAAAUGCUUGACCAGAGCCAGCUCCAGCUGGUGGGCAGCCAGUUCCAGGAAGCAGAGCCCCAGCCCUGGGGAGGGCAAAGCAAAUCCACACUGGCUUCUCGCUUCCAGCAGUCCCUGGGGGACCUCAUAGCCCGGCUACGCAGGAGCCACAUCUAUUUCAUCCAGUGCCUCAACCCUAACCCUGGAAAGCUUCCAGGCCUCUUUGAUGUAGGACACAUGGCUGAGCAGCUGCGCCAGACGGGCACCCUGGAGGCUAUACGCAUCCGAAGCGCCACCUUCCCCGUGCGUGUGCCUUUCCAGGCCUUCCUGGCCAGGUUCCGGUCCCUGGGCUCAGAGAGGCAGGGAGAGCCCUCUGAGCAAGAAAGGUGUGGCGCCAUCCUGAGCCAGGUGCUGGGAGCUGAGUCACCCCUCUAUCACCUGGGAGGCACUAAGGUUCUGCUGCGGGAGCAGGGCUGGCAGCAGCUGGAACAGCACCAGGCCCAGCAGCGUGCCCAGGCCCUGCUCACCCUGCAUCGCAGCCUUAGAACCUGCAUCUCCCGUCAACGCCUCCGCCUCCUGCCUCGGAUACAGGCUCGUGUGUGCAGGCUUCAGGCCAGGAAGCAAUACCUCCGGCGGCAGGCAGCUCUGAUACAGCUGAACACCAUUCUGCUGGUGGCCCGGCCCCUCCUCUGGAGACGCCAGAGGCUACAGCUUGGGCACUGGUGUGGCUGGCACAGUGGUGGAGCCUCGGAGAAAGUACCAAACAUGGAGCUGGGGCGCUUGGAGAUUCCGGCUGAGCUGGCUGUCAUGCUGAAGACUGCGGAAGGCCGUCAGCCCGCCCUGGCAAAGAGCAUCACUGAGUCAAUGCCCCCAGAAGUCACUGCCCGGCCCAGACUGGCCCUCCCACCUGACAUCGACCAGUUCCCCUUCUCCAGCUUCAUCUCCAACAGCUUCCAGGAGCCCUCCCUGCCCCGCCCUGGGCAGCCCCUGGCCAAGCCCCUGACACGGCUGGAUGGCGAGAGCCCUCAGUUUGCCCUGGACAUCAACAAAGUGAUGCUGCGGCUCCUCGGGGACGCGUCCCUGCCAUCCUGGCAGGAACAGGCCAUGGGGGCGUACCUGGUGCGGCAGGGGCAGCAGCGGCCAGGGCUGAGGGAUGAGCUUUUCAGCCAGCUGGUGGCCCAGCUCUGGCAUAACCCGGACGAGCAGCAGAGCCAGCGUGGCUGGGCCCUCAUGGCCGUCCUGCUCAGCGCCUUCCCCCCCAUGCCCACCCUGCAGAAGCCACUGCUCAAAUUCGUGUCCGACCAGGCACCCAGUGGCAUGGCGGCCCUGUGCCAGCACAAGCUUCUAGGUGCCCUGGAGCAGACGCAGCUGGCCCCCGGGGCCACACGGGCCCACCCACCCACCCAGCUUGAGUGGACUGCCGGAUGGCGGCGGGGCCGCAUGGCACUGGAUGUCUUCACCUUCAAUGAGGAGUGCUACUCCGCGGAGGUGGAGUCCUGGACCACAGGGGAGCAGUUUGCAGGGUGGAUCCUGCAGAGCAGAGGUCUGGAGGUGCCCCCCCGCGGCUGGUCUGUAUCACUGCACUCCAGGGAGGCCUGGCAGGACCUGGCUGGCUGUGACUUCGUGCUGGACCUGAUCGGCCAGACUGAGGACCUGGGGGAUCCGGGUGGCCCUCGCAGCUUCCCCAUUGCCUCCCACAGCUACCCCAUCACCUCCCGCACCUCAGCCUCUGAAGACAUCCCCCCUGCCCCUGGCAUCCAGGCCCCCCAGCUGCCCCCGGGACCACCCCCAGAUCCAGCCCCAACACUGCCCAGCAGGAGCCACACAGGGCAGGCCCGGACAUCGGGGAGCCUGGAUGGCUUCCUGGACUACCUCUUUGAGCCAGUCCUCUCCCCUGGCCUCAGUGAUCUGGAGCAGAGCCGGGCACUUCGAGGCCGCAUAAAGGGAGGGGGCGCCAUUGGGCCCAUGCAGCAGGGUGGCUACCCCAUGGUGUACCCAGGGAUAAUCCAGAUGCCCGGAUACCAGCCUGCCAUGGUGCCUGCACCUGUACCCGUGAUGCCAGCGAUGGGUGCAGUCCCCGCCAUGCCAGCCAUGAUGGUGCCUCCACAGCCCCCACAGCCCGUGCUUCCCAGCUUGGAUGCCAGUCAGCUGGCAGUUCAGCAGCAGAACUUCAUCAAUCAGCAGGCGCUGAUCAUGGCCCAGCAGAUGACCACCCAGGCCAUGACCUUGACCCUGGAGCAGAUGCAGCAGCGGCAGCGCCAGACCCAGGCCUCCGGGGCUGCCUCCCCGGCUCCACCCCCAGCUACUACCCCCAAGCCCAGGAAGCCUCCUACCCCCCGGGAGGAGCCAGCACGUGACCUGGAGUCAGCAAGUGCCAGCUUGAGGGAACCCACCGAGGAGGCUCAGGACAGGCCCUGGCACCCCAAGAGCUUCCAGCAGAAACGGGACUACUUCCAGAAGAUGGGGCAGCAGCAGAUCAAGGUGAAGGUGGUGAAGCCUCCGGCCAAGGUCCAGAUCGCAAAGGCGGAGGAGCAGGAGGAGGAAGAAGAGGAGGAAGCCAGAGCAGCGUCUCCUCCAUCCCCUCCUCCUCCCCCAGUAGUGAGGAAGCCACUGAAACAAGGUGGGGCCAAAGCUGCGAAUGAGGCUGAGGCUGAGCCAGCUGAAGAAGCCGGGCCUGGCGGUGGCCAAGGACCAGCCGGGGGUAGGGGGCCUGUAGUGUGCAGUGCAAAUGAGGUUGAGGCUGAGCCAGAGCCCAGCCGGGAGAUCCGCAACAUCAUCCGCAUGUACCAGAGCCGCCCAGGGCCUGUGCCUGUACCCGUGCAGCCAUCCAGGCUUCCUAAAAGUUUUGUGAAGAAAAACGACCCCAAAGACGAGGCUCUGGCUAAGCUGGGGAUCAACGGUGCCUACUCGCCACCUUUGACGCAGCCCCCUAGCCUGGGGAAGGGCCCCCCGCCAGCUGUGGCCCCUCGACCCAAGGCCCCCAUCCAGCCAGGAACCUCCAGCUCCAUCAAGGAGAAGCAGGGCCCCCUUCGGGACCUGUUUGGCCAGACCCCACCCUCUCCCGGCGCACCCCCACCUCCGCCAGCACCCCCACUGCCUCUGCUCGGGGACCCAGAGACCCAUUCAGCUGAGCCCCGUGUCUUGAUAGAGCCCAUGAGUGACCAGGGGGUCUCCACCCAGCUGCUUGUGCCCUCGGGCAGUGUAUGCUUUUCCUACACUGGUGCGCCCUGGAAGCUGUUCCUACGAAAGGAGGUGUUCUACCCCCGGGAGAACUUCAGCCAUCCCUACUGCCUCCGGCUUCUCUGUGAGCAGAUUCUGCGGGACACCUUCACCGAGUCCUGCAUUCGGAUCUCCCAGAAGGAGAGGAGCAGAAUGAAGGACCUGCUGGGGGACUUGGAGGUGGGCCUAGACUCCAUCGCCUCCACUGAAGACAGCGUCAAGAAGCGCAUCGUGGUGGCAGCCCGGGACAACUGGGCCAAUUACUUCUCCCGAAUCUUCCCAGUCUCGGGUGAGAGUGGCAGUGAUGUCCAACUGCUGGGUGUGUCUCACCGGGGGUUGAGACUGCUCAAAGUGACUCAAGGCUCCAGCUUCCACCCUGACCAGCUCAAGACCCUCUGCUCGUACAGCUUUGCUGAGGUGCUGGGUGUGGAGUGCCGGGGCACCUCCACCCUGGAGCUGUCACUGAAGAGCGAGCAGCUGGUGCUGUACACGGUCCGGGCGGGCACCAUCAAGUCCAUGGUUGACCUGUACCUGAAUGAGCUAAAGAAGGACUCUGACUAUGUCAUCGCCCUGCGAAGCUACAUCACCGAUGACAGCAGCCUUCUCAGCUUCCACCGCGGGGACCUCAUUAAGCUGUUGCCUGUGGCCACUCUGGAGCCAGGCUGGCAGUUCGGCUCCUGCGGGGGCCGCUCUGGACUCUUCCCUGCAGACAUGGUGCAGCCGGCAGCUGCCCCUGACUUCUCGAUGAAGCAGCAGAGCAGCAGGCGCAGGAGUGCGGUGCAGCGUGGGGAGCCAGGGCUGGCUCCGGGGGCCGAGGCCUCAGAGUGCCCUGCCCAGCCCUGGAACCAGGCUCACAGCGAGGACUUGGAGGCCCCCAGCCUGCACCCCUCAGCAGGCUCUCUGUCCACCUACUCCCACAACUACAGUAUGCAGGAAUUCGCCCUGCGCUUCUUCCGGGAGCCCCGGACCUUGCUGCACUCAACAGAUGGAGAUGCCAAGGUAAAGGCCACGGACAGCCUGGUGCAGUACACCAAGGUGCCCAUUCAGGAAUCACUCAUCAGCUUCAGUGACGAGGACAAGAACAAGCAGGCUGUGGAAAGCUUCCGGGCUCUGAUGCAGUUCAUGGGUGACCAGUCCAAGCCCCGGGGCAAGGACGAGGUGGAGCUGCUUUAUGAGCUGUUGAAGCUGUGCCGGGAGGAGAGCCUCAGGGAUGAGAUUUACUGCCAAGUCAUCAAGCAGGUCACGGAACAUCCCCAGCCGGAACACUGCACUCGAGGCUGGAAGUUCCUCAGCCUGCUCACGGGCUUCUUCCCGCCAUCCACUACCCUGAUGCCCUACGUGACUAAGUUCCUGCAGGGUGCAGGCCUGAGCCAAGAGCUGGCCUGCAGCAGCCAAGAGCACCUCCAACGCACAGUCAAGUAUGGGGGGCGCCAACGACUACCCAUGCCUGGUGAAAUAAAGGCCUUCCUGAAAGGCCAGGAGGUCCACAUGCUUCUGAUUCACCUGCCGGGGGGCGUGGACUACAGGACCAACAUCCAGAUGUUCACAGUGGCCGCAGAAGUGCUGGAGGAGCUGUGCAGCCACAUGGGCGUCGCGGACCCCCAGGAGGUGCAGGAAUUCGCCCUCUUCCUCAUCAGAGGGGAAGGUGACCUGGUGCGGCCCCUUCGGCCCUUCGAGUACCUCAACAGUGUGAUGGUGGACCAGGACCUGAGCCUGCACAGCUGGCGGCUGGGCUGGGAGACACCACUACACUUUGACCAUCCCACCUACAUCUGCAUCCAUUACAGCCAGGUGCUGUGGGACUACCUCCAGGGGAAGCUGCUGGUCAGUGCCCAGGCAGAUGCCCAGCUCGCCCACCUGGCAGCCCUGCAGCACCUCAGCAGAAAUACCAAGGACCCACCUACAGAGCGAGACCUGCUGCUUUACGUGCCGAAGCAGCUGCAACGGCAGCUGAACAUGGCCACCAUAAAGCGCCUGAUGGACCAAGAGCUGAGGCAGCUGCAGCGACACAGCCUGCAGGACGCACAGAUCAGCUUCAUUGAGGCCGUGAGCCAGCUGCCCCUCUUUGGCUACACUGUGUACGUGGUGCUGCGUGUGAGCCAGCUGGCCCUGCCUGGGCCUGGCCUUCUGGGGCUCAAUCGCCAGCACCUUAUCCUCAUGGACUCCAGUUCCCAGAAACUGUACUGCUCUGUCGCCCUGCAUGAAAUCCAGCGGCUCCGCCUGCUGAGCCCCCGGGAGGAGGGUGGGGCCCCGGGCCUGGAGCUCAACUAUGGCUCGGUCCACAGCCCCCAAACCAUCUGGUUCGAGCUGCCGCAGGCCCAGGAGCUACAGCAGACGAUUGCCUUCCUGCUGGACAGCAGCACCAGCACACCUUACUAGAGUUGUGGCGGCUGCGGCCAGGGUCUCAUCCCAACGCUCUCCCCUGCUGCUACUGCUACUGGGCCAUGCUGGU